AUAACGGUGUAAACUAUAAACCACAUGUAAGUCGUAACUGGAUAGUGGCUCUGAAAAAUUGAAACGCAUAGGAAAGGAGGAGAAAUGGCGGGCUCUAUGGCGAUAGUAGUGAGCGAACACCAUGAGAAGUCGAUGACCGUCGAUGGAGAGCAGUGGGAGAUUCAGUACUGUCGAUACUUCAACUAUCCUUCUCCCUCGUCGACUUCUUCCACCAUCCUUGUUCCUCUCUCCAACUCCAGAACAAAGCUGAAAAAAUCAGGCACUUGGCUGUCCUCUUCUUCCGCCUUUUUGUUGCAACUGCUCGUCGAUCGCUCUACUUCUGAAGUGAUCCUCGUCGUCACUCACCGAGGGAAGAUUCAAGAAGAGCACUUCCUUUCCAAGCUGCAUUUCUCAUGGCCUCAAGUUUCAUGUGUCUCGGGAUUACCACCCAGGGGUAUCAGAUGUAUACUUGUCAGCUACAGAGACUCUGCAGAUCAGAUCCAGAAGUUUGCCUUGCAGUUCCCAACAAUUUGCAAAACAGAAAAGUUUAUAUGCACUUUAAAGGAGAUAUUAAAUGAUGGAGGGGAUGUUAGGGUUCCCAGUAGUGAACUUGUAUCUGAAAUUUCAGCUCAAUCUGAGUUAGCUCCAUCUAAUAGAACCCCUUGCAGAGCUAGAGAGGAAUUGAAUUUCAUGAUUCCAGUUGACACUAGUACCUCUAAUGUGCCAACAAGCAUGGACUACAGGGUUGAGCAAUAUUCACUCUCUCAGGAAACAGCGCCUAAUCCCAACCCUGAUGGCAUUUUAGCAGCCUUACCUCCAAGCUUUACCUCAUUAAUGAGCAACUGUCUCUCUGAGAGCGAACAAUCCCAACAAACUAAACCUCUGGAAGUUGACCUCAGGGCUCAAAUCAUGAGAUUUAUUGGAGAUUCCUCCUUUCAAGAUACCUUGGUUAAAGUAGAGAAAGUUAUCAGUGAAAUGGGAUAUGAUUUGAUGUUGUGACCGUCCGUUGCAUUAGCAUAUGGAGUUCCUACCUUUUGUGCAUGUCACUUCCCCCAAGGUAGACUUUGCUACACCUUACUCGAGCUGUAUUAGAUAUAACAAUGUGUCCUCUCUCUCUAAAAAUCCUAGGGUAUUACUUGCACCAUAUUGUUUCUUUUUGACUGUACACUGUACAACGAUGUCCUUUUAUGUAUCCGUUAUUUUUUUUCUUAUGGCCCUGUAUCUUAUUUGAGUGACUCCUUCAAAUUCAUUCAAUUAGUACUAAACCAAAAAGAUAAAAAUAUUAUCGUUUGCCUAUUAA